UCGUCCAAGCCACCAAGUUCCGCUUCUGUGUGGAUCCUGGAAGAGAUUUUGGGAUAUAAAAUCAAGGAACUCUUAUGCAGCACUUUUGAGUUAAUCUCGUGAAUGUCAUCAACUUCAUGACACAUUAAUUAGCCCCAUGUUCUAAUCACGCGCAAACAAGAGAGAGUACUUGUGUCACUGCAACCUCAAAAUAAUUCCUCACCCAGUCUCUCUGUCACUUCUACCGGUAGCGCGAGCCACACAACGCAGCCAUGGCCGGCGACGAUCAGCGCGCGCUACAGUAUGAACAAACUUUGAUGUAUGGUCGCUACACACAGGAGUUGGGGGCGUAUGCUAAAGAAGAGGCAGCUCGCCUGAGGGAGGAGGGGGUUGCGCUCGGUCAGAGAAGGCUCUCUGGAACUUUGGAGUACGACAGGAGCCGCUGUGCCAAGUGUCGCAUCUGUACGGUGCGCUGUCAGAAGUUCCUCAUCUCUCGUGUUGGUGAAGACUGGAUCUUCCUCAUCCUCCUGGGUCUAUUCAUGGCUCUGGUCAGCUGGGUGGUUGACUUCGCUAUUGCCAUCUGUCUACAAGCACAGAAGUGGAUGUACGGAGGCCUGGAGAGUAAUGUGUUUCUCCAGUACCUGGCCUGGGUCACCUACCCUGUGGUGCUCAUCACCUUCUCAGCUGGCUUCACACAGCUGCUGGCCCCACAGGCCGUAGGUUCAGGUAUCCCAGAGAUGAAGACCAUUCUGAGGGGUGUAGUGCUGAAAGAAUACCUCACCUUUAAAACCUUUGUUGCCAAAGUCAUCGGUCUCACCUGUGCCCUGGGCAGUGGCAUGCCUCUGGGCAAGGAGGGUCCGUUUGUUCACAUUGCCAGUCUGUGUGCUGCACUCCUCAGCAAAUUCAUGUCUCUGUUUGGUGGAAUCUACGAGAAUGAGUCGAGAAACAUUGAGAUGUUGGCAGCUGCCUGUGCUGUGGGGGUGGGCUGCUGUUUCGCUGCCCCUAUAGGAGGUGUGCUGUUCAGUAUUGAGGUAACGUCUACAUUCUUUGCGGUGAGGAAUUACUGGAGAGGGUUCUUCGCUGCCACCUUCAGUGCCUUCAUCUUCAGAGUCCUGGCCGUGUGGAAUAGAGACGAGGAGACCAUCACAGCUCUGUUUAAAACCCGUUUCCGUCUGGAUUUCCCCUUUGACCUCCAGGAGCUCCCAGCCUUCGCUGUCAUUGGUAUUGCCAGUGGUUUUGGCGGGGCAUUGUUUGUCUACCUGAACAGAUUGAUAGUCCAGUUCAUCAGGAAACAGAAGACCAUCAACAAGUUCCUCAUGAAGAAGCGUCUGCUGUACCCAGCCCUGGUCACUUUGCUGGUGUCUACGCUAACCUUUCCCCCCGGCUUCGGACAGUUCAUGGCAGGCAAGCUUACCCAGAAGGAGUCUCUGGUGACGUUGCUAGAUAACCGGACAUGGGCCAAGCAGGGCAUAGCCGAGGGGUUUGACUACAUCGGCAACUCCCAGGCCUGGAAUCACCCCCAGGUCAACGUCUUUGUAACCCUCGUCCUCUUCAUCGUCAUGAAGUUCUGGAUGUCUGCUCUGGCUACCACCAUCCCUGUGCCCUGUGGAGCCUUCAUGCCUGUCUUCGUCAUUGGGGCAGCGUUUGGCCGUCUGGUCGGGGAGAGCAUGGCCGCCUGGUUCCCUGAUGGCAUCCACUCUGAUGGCACCAUCUACCCCAUAGUGCCAGGAGGGUACGCCGUCGUGGGUGCGGCGGCCCUGUCUGGAGCGGUGACCCACACGGUGUCAACGGCGGUCAUUGUGUUUGAGCUGACGGGUCAGAUCAGCCACAUCCUGCCGGUGAUGAUAGCGGUGAUACUGGCCAACGCCGUGGCCCAGUCCCUCCAGCCCUCGCUAUAUGACUCCAUCAUCAGGAUCAAGAAACUACCGUACCUCCCUGAGCUGGGCUGGGGACACCACGAGAAGUAUAAUAUUCGUGUGGAGGACAUCAUGAUCAGGGAUGUGAUGUACAUCACCCUCAACUGCUGCUACAGAGACCUGCAUGAUGUACUGCUGACUGGACACCUCAAGACCCUAGCGCUGCUCGAGUCCAGUGAGUCGAUGAUCCUGCUGGGUUCUAUUGAGCGUGCCCAGCUCCAGGCCCUCCUGUCCCUACAGCUGGGCCGGCCACGGAGGCUAGAGUACCUGAGAGACCGGGCUACUGCUGAGAAGAAGCGCCUGUCGAUGGUCUCCCACCCGGGCAGCAAGGACGGCUCCCAGAGGGUUAACCAGGAGGUUCGGUUCCAGAUCUCCACAGAGGAGUCUUCCUUCAGUUCCACCCCUACCCUCUCCAUGAAGCCACUGAAGCCGGCCCUGAAGAGACCCUCUGUGGUGGACCGCCCUCCUGAUAUACCCAUGCCCACAAGUCCACAGGACCACUCUGGCAACACCUUAAAGAAUCUCUUCUGUGUCAACCCUGAGACAGAAGGCCUGGAGGAUGACUUCGAUGUGGAUGAUGACAUGACCAUCAGAGAGAUUGCAGAGUGGGAGGAGAACCAGCUUGACGAGCAUGUGAACUUUGACAACUGCAAGAUCGACCCCGCCCCCUUCCAACUGGUGGAGCGCACCUCACUACAUAAGACCCACACCAUCUUUUCUCUGCUGGGGUUGGACCAUGCCUACGUCACCAGCAUUGGACGACUCAUCGGAGUGGUGUCCCUCAAAGAGCUGCGGAAGGCCAUCGAGGGCUCUGUGGCGGUAAAGGGGGUGAAGGUGCGCCCCCCUCUGUCCAGUUUCCGGGAAAGCGGCACCAGCGGCAGCAGCAGCAGCAAUAGCGAGAACGAAGCCACAGAGCUCCACAAGCUGUGGGACCGUCACAAAUCCAUGUCCCUCCCCCGGGAGCACCUGGCCUCCGACUCUGACGAGAAGUCCUUGUGAGGGGGAUGGGGACAGGGAGAUGGGGACAGAUUUUUGGGAGAGGUAUACUGGAUGGGGAUUGAGACAGGUUAAUGUAGACAGGUAUAUUGCCGAGGAGUAGGAUUUUAAUUCUGGAAUAUAGUUCUCGCUUCCUCUUCUUCCUCUCCUUGCCUUCCCCUCUCCAUCCCUCUCUCCUUUACCCCUCCUCCUGGUGGGCCUUUGUGCCCUGCACUUAUUCAACUCUUAUGGAGGAGGGAUUGACUCACCACAGACUGGACCCUGCUCUCCACUAGGCUUGGGGGGGCCCACAACAGAAUAGAUCUGUGUGUUAGGGAGGGGAGAGGAGUUAAUGUGUCACUGCUUAACAAAGUUUGUCAGAACAAAAUGUAUAGAUUGUUUUUGACUGUAAAAGGGAUUGCAUUUUCUUUUUUUGACAACUUUGGUAUUGGUGAGGAAAUGUUCAGUUUGUUUGCAUUUUGUGGACCUGUAAACGUUUCUUUCUGACCAGUCUUCCAUAUGCAGACGGUUCAACAGUGACGAGAAGAUAGACUUGUGUAUCGGUAUGGAUGUGAGUGUAUGUAUUGAGUGCAUAGACGCAUUGGUUGGUAUGUAUUUACAUGAAGAAAGUAGUGAAACCAACCACCUGCUUUAAUUCCUUUGUGAUUCUUCUUAUCAGACACAUUUCAGUCUUAUCAUUUCAGCAGUGUUCUAGUUUGUUCCCAUCUGUUUUAGUGACCUGGAACUGGAAAUAAGUAGCCUAGUGGUUAGAGCAUUGUGCCAGUAACCGAAAGGUCGCUGGUUUGAAUACCCGAGGCAUCAAGGUGAAAAGUCUGUGUCUUUGAGCAACACGUAACCCUAAUUUGCUCCAGGCGUGCCGUACUACUAUGGCUGACCUGGUAAAACAACACAUUUCCCUGCAACUAUCUGGUGUGUAUGUAUGGGACAAUAAAAAAUAAACCUUGCCUCUGUAGAGAGAACCACAUACUGUUCUGGUCUCACAUUGGGAGAUGUCUUCACCACUCUUUCUUUCAGUCCUCUCCCUCUACCCCUAUUAUUUUCUGUGUUACAUUAGUGCUCGAGUCUGAGUGAGAGAAUAGUCUACUCUAUGCAAACAGAUGUACAGUAUGUAUGUAGGUAUUCUGUAUUCUGGUGAAAGGGUUAACAUUUACCUCUCAGCAUGCUUCAACACACAUGCUGUGCACUCCUUUAAGAAAACACGGCCUCAAACACACACACACAGGUUUUAAUAAGAGCCAGCCAAUAAGAGGGCUUUCUCGAGAUGUGGCUCUUAGUAAGCCUGACUGAGUAUGUUGGGCUAGGGAGAGAGGAGGAGAGGAAGAAGGAGAGUGAAUGAAAGCAUUUUCUGAUAUCUAAUCUGCUGUGUUAGGGAGUUUUCUUCAAUAGAACCCAGGGUAGCUUUCUGGUUGGCCAACUUCACAUCCCCACUGUCCACUGUCCAGUUACACUACGGUGAUCAGAGUAAGGUCAGACCCAGACCACAUAGAACCAGUUUAAAUAAUGCUGACCAGUAGCCAACUGACUAACACUAGAUAUCUGAACGAACUGACCAAUGAUCAAACAUCCAUACUGACCAAUUAGAAGCCGUCAGCAUUACCGAUCGGUGAUCUAUACAUGGCUAAUGAUAAAGCACUCCAUUCCUACUACAGUAUGAUUUAUCAAUAGUCCUACUGAUGUAUAGAGCUGCCUAGAGGAUGUCUGGUUAUAUGGUUAAGAGUCUGACCUCAGUGAUUUUGACUUAUUCAUGUAUUUUCCUCACCACAGUCGUUGGCUUAAUGUGCUGCAUGGUUUCCUUAGUCAUUUGAAUGUAUUUAACUAUUAAGUAUGUUUUGCUUGGUGAUAUAAGCUCCAUACUGCACAAGCCCAGUGUGCAGCUUCCAAUCAGAUCACAUACACUCCCUUAUUGAAUUGUCGGUAAAAAAAAAAAGUAAGUAUGGCCAACAUUUUCAGACUGACAUGCCCAUCCUCACAUGCAGAGAGACACACACACACCUUGAGUGACAGCAUGGCUUUGCAUGAAAGAGUGCAUGUGACUUUGAAGGCUGUGUUUUCAUAUUGUUAGAACUAUGACCAACCUAUUCAACCCUGUAUAUAGGGUUGGAUAGGUGACUUUCUAAGUGUAACCCUGGGUGUAUAUCAUUUUAAUGGACAAUGUCAAUAUGCUGAUGGCUAUUUUGUUGAAUGUUUUUAUUCACACUUAUUUUGCAUCUUUUCUCAUUGCAUUAGUUUUGAUCUAGGUUUGAUUGGCAUUCAUUCAUACAAUGAGCUUUAAUCAUGGCUUAUUUUGGAAAUGGAGAUGGGCUUUUUGGGGAGUGUGUGGAUUUAAGACUUUGCUAUACGUUUACAGAUUUAACAUAGUUAACAUCAUUUCUGUAAUACGUGAUUGUUAAUUUAAAAUCUAACUGAUCUACAUUGCUAUCUAUGGAGUUGCUCUUCCUGCAACUCCUUUUUAGUUUUUGUUGCGUCUUGCUCUUCCCUGUCUGAUUGUUAUAAAAAGGUCCAAAGUUCAGUGUUUUUCCAGCCUUGCAGCAUGUACUCAACAUUUCUAAAAUGUUUAUGUAUGUAAUUUGUACAAUGCAAGUAACACUAUAACGCUAGCAGAAUGAGACCCACUACCUGAAGUAACAGGAACAUUUAACCAACGUUUAUAGAAUGUUUAAAGGACCCAUGGGUGUUCUCGGUGGUCUGUAUGACAUCGUCAUUUCACAAGUGCCUACAUCAUCCGGGCCCCUGCAUGGUAACAGGGGUAGGAUAGGUUUUCUCUGCAAAUGAAUGUGAUACGUUUUUAAGAGAUAGAAAUGACUACCCAUAUCCUUGCAUAUAUAUAUAUAUAUAUAUAU